GGUACGUGCUAUCAGCUGUAAAACGUCGCAAGACGUGUUGGUGCUUAAUCAAGAGCGAGACCUCAAGUGGCUGCCGAAGAUACCGGAUGCUCAUCCUCAAGAUUUGCGAUGAAAGUUCCAAUCGAAAGUACUUGCAUGCUUUCAAACGUAAAACAGGACUGUGGCAGAACGGUCGCAAGAAAGCGCUCCGAGAGUAGUAGUAUACAUAGCAAUCGCAACCGUAUCAACAUGUCGGCUGUACUAUUUUUGCUGGUCAUGGUGAUUGUGUACGCGCUAACGCAAGCCUACCGCAAACGACGCCAACUUCAUCGGAUUGCGGCUCACUUCAGCUAUCCGAAACCGCACUGGCUGCUCGGCAAUGUGAUGGAAUAUCCGGCGAACGACAUACCCGGCAUCUUCGAAACUAUGGUCGCUCUACACGAACAGUACGGACAGGACCUGUUCAACUGGGGCCUGCUGAACGACCACAUGAUCAUCGUCAGCAGUGCCACCAACGUCGAGAAGGUGGUGAUGGCGAAGAAAACGGAAAAGUCCUCCUUUUACGACUUCAUCGAACUGUGGCUGGGUAAGGGUCUACUAAUCUCGAGCGGUGAGAAGUGGUUCCAUCGGCGAAAAAUCAUCACGCCAACGUUUCACUUCAAGAUUCUGGAAAGCUUUGUGCAUGUGUUCAACCAGGAGGCAGAGAUACUGAUCGAAAAGCUGCGGCAGCAUGCUAACACUGGCCGCGAGUUUGACAUCUACGAACCGAUCUCGCUGUACGCACUGGACAGCAUCUGCGUAACGUCGAUGGGUGUGGAGAUCGAUGCGCAACGGCAUCCGGAAAAUCAGUACGUGCGUGAUGUGAAGCGGAUGAGUGAGUUGAUAUUGCUACGCAUAUUCCAUGUGCUAUCCUCGUUCCCGAAAACCUACUGGUACACGAUGCCUAACGCUUGGGAGCAACGGAAGCUGAUUCGUCGACUGCAUGCCUUCACCGACUCCGUGAUUCAAAAGCGUCGCCAACAAUUGAAGGGAAAGGCUGACAAUGUCGCUAAUGUUCAGGAUGUACAGGAGGACGAGGAACUGUAUACAAAGCGUAAAGAUACGUUCCUAGAUCUGUUGCUAAACGUAAGAGUUGAUGGCAAUUCGCUGAGUGAUCUGGAUAUCCGGGAGGAGGUCGAUACGUUCAUGUUUGAGGGUCAUGACACCACUACUUCUGGCAUUGCGUUUACCUUCUAUCAGCUUGCAAAGCAUCCCGAGAUCCAGGAAAGACUCUAUCAAGAGAUUCAAGACGUACUCGGAGCGGACUUCCGCUUUGUUCCACUCACCUACAGUACGCUCCAGAACUUCCCCUACCUAGAUAUGGUAGUUAAGGAGUCGCUACGCCUUCUACCACCCGUCUCAUUCAUCGGUCGCCGUUUGGUCGAAGACAUUGAGAUGAACGGUGUAACGAUACCGGCCGGCACAGACUUCACCAUACCCAUCUACGUCAUCCACCGAAACCCGGCCGUCUACCCCGAUCCGGAACGGUUCGAUCCGGAACGCUUUUCGGAGAACAACACGCAACGCCGCGGACCGUACGACUACAUCCCGUUCAGUAUCGGGUCACGGAACUGUAUCGGCCAACGGUACGCCCUGUUGGAGAUGAAAGUCGCCAUCGUACGUAUGGUAUCCUUCUAUCGAAUACUACCCGGUGACACUAUGCACGAGAUCCGCCUCAAAACGGACCUGGUGCUACGUCCCGACAAAGCAAUACCGAUAAAGCUCGCUGCACGGCCAUAAUGGGUUUUGGGUGGCGGAAUUCGCGCGGGUAAGAGCAUUGCGGAUUGAAUAAAUAAAAGCUUCAUACGGCAAGAAGGUGGUUAACCUGGGUGCUAUUCAUGCA